AUGCACCUUCCUACACUUGCCAUCCUUUUUGGCGCCUCGCAGGCACUCCUAGUCCCCGCACCACCAGGCCCUUAUGAUGUUGCGGUUAAGCAUUUUGAGCUUGUCGACCAAAGCCGGCUUGACCCCUUUGCACCGGAAGCUAACACCAAACGUCGUAUCAUGGCAUCGGCGUAUCUCCCCAUCGACUCCCAUCACGGCUGCAAGGCUCAAGCCGUGCCAUACAUGCCUCCUCUGACUGCGAGCGUAUUUGGCGAAGCCGGCGAGUCUCUCGGCAUUCAUCAGGGAUUCAUUGAAUCUUUCGAGAUGGAGUUUUGCGACAUGUCCACUGUCAAUCCAAAGAAGAGUCAUCGACUGAAAGAGUUUCCUGUUGCUGUUUUCUCGCCAGGCGCUCGUGGAACAAGACUUUUGUACGGUGCAAUGGCAAGGUCGUUGGCAAGUCUGGGAUAUGUCAUCUUGACUCUUGACCAAACAUAUGAGACAUACGUGGUUGAGUUUCCAGAUGGAAGCGUUGUAUAUGCCCUGACUGAUGAGCCGGGUGUUCUACCCAAACUAGAGGCCCGUACGAGAGAUGCCUCAUUUCUUAUCUCACAACUUCGCAACAAAACGGUUACAGAUUCUGUUUUUGCCAGGUUCCCCGGCACCUUCAAUCCCAACAAGAUUGCGGUGUACGGGCAUUCCUUUGGUGGCUCGACUGCUGCUGUCACAGUUCAACGAGACCCUCGUGUUAUUGGAGGGCUCAACUUUGACUGUCCAAUCAACGGAUCCGUCAGAUAUGAAGGGUUCAAGGAUAAGCCCUUUGUUAUAAUAGACACCAAGAGCUUGAACUUUCCAGAGUGGCCGGAGUUCUACAAGAAGAUCGAUGCGGCAAAGAUGAUGCUGGAGAUUGAGAAUACCCAGCAUUAUGUUUUUACGGAUGUGCCACUUCUGUUGACAGUACUACCGGUACCACCUGAGUCGCAACUUCUUGUGGAUGAGACGUUUGGUAAGCUUGGUGGAAGAAAAGUUGAGAAGGCCAUGAACCAAAUCAUGGUUGGUUUGAUGGAUUUGCUCUUCAAGAAGAACACACGGGCUCUUAAGAAGAUUGGCAAAAAUGCCAAUAUCAAGGUACUGCACGAUGAUCUCCCUAGGCACAUCUAA